CCGAAACCAUUUCCUGUUUGGAUCUCCGUGGAGAGAAAACAUGUCAGCUUCGAAUUGAAGCAAUUUUCGGGAUUUUAAUCUGCUUUCUGAAGAGAAACAUGACAGAGCCACGAAACCCUGGGAUGUCCACCGUUCCGCAGACCCACCCGGCGCACACCGAGUCCACCUCCCCAGCUGUGGAGAUGGAUCCAGUGGAGUACACCCUGAGGAAGCGCCUCCCCCGGAAGCUUCCGAAGAGGCGGAACGACGUCUACGUCAACAUGAAAACCGAUUUCCGGGCUCAGCUGGCGCGCUGCCAGAAGCUGCUGGACGGCGGCGGUCACAGGGAGAUCUGCGUGCACGGCCUGGGCCUCGCUAUAAACCGGGCCAUCAACAUCGCCCUCCAGCUGCAGGCCAGCAGUCAGGGAGCGCUGCAGCUGGCUGCCAACACCUCCACGGUGGAGCUCGUGGACGACCUGGAGCCUGAAGAUCCCGAUGAGGCCGGGGAGCCCAUGACCCGUACUCGUAACAAUUCAGCCAUUCAUAUCAAAGUUUUCUACCCGGACCCUCAGUGACCUAAACCAGUGCUUCCUGUGGAAAUCACAAGUUCUCCUUGUGUUUAUUUUAAACCUAUAGACCAAAAAGGGGAAAAAAAAGGUUUAUGUAGAUACCCAUGAUCACAGCAUGUCGAGACUUCAUAAUGAAGCUUUUGAAUUUAUUUGUGUUCACUAGUGAACUAUUCUGAAGUCCUCCCUUGUGGGAAGCUUUUGUUGACUUUUCAAUGAGUUGUGUUGUUGUUUAUCAGGUGAAACUUGAACAUCUAACAUUUGGUGAUGUGCGUAUUUGUUCUACUUGUUAUUUUGCAUGUUCUAAAUACAAGAAAUAAACAGAUAAAUCUUCUUUAAA